GCAUUAACCAACUGGCAAACCCUUCGUAAUCAUCUGGGCGAGUUAAGUUGCCCUGUUCUUUCAUUAACCAAGCGGCAAAACCUCUCUUACAUUACCUUUGGAAGUAUUACAAGGGGCAUCUUUGAAGGCAUGCCCAACCUGAGGAAGUUAGGAAUUCGUGAAAGUGAAGAAGAGCGCUUGACUACUAAAAAAAUGUCUGGAAAACUCAAGAAGCUGGUUUUAUUGGAGCACCUUGAAACACUGAAGUGUUUCUUCAUCAACCCAUGGGUACAACAAUGUGAUGUUUUCUCACCAAACCUCAAGAAAUUGACGUUGCGGGGGUGCCAACUGCCAUGGGACCAAAUGACGAUACUGUGCACGUUACCCAAACUCGAGGUGCUCAAGCUCAAGGAUUAUGCUUUCCAAGGAUCAGAAUGGGAGCCAACUGAGGAACGCUUUCAGCAGCUAAAAUUCCUACUGUUGGAUGGGACUGAUCUUAUCCACUGGAAAGCCAGUUCUUUUCAGUUCCCUAAGUUUGAGGGUCUUGUUCUGAAGAAUUGUUAUUGUCUGUAUGAGAUUCCUGAGGAUGUAGCGGAAAUACCUACCUUGCAGUUCAUUGAAUUGUAUCACUGUAGCUCUUCUGCUGACGACUCUGCAAAUAGGAUUCAAGAAGAACAACAUAGCAUAGGAAAUGACGAUCUUGUGGUGCGGAUCCACAAAUUUUACAACUCUGAACUUUAAAGGCCUGCAUCCGUCUGAUAUUCUCCAUGCCCUCUCAACAAGCAAUGAGGCUAAUGCAGAGGUUUUAACCUGUUAACUUCUAUUUCUUUUGUGAUUGCCGAGGAAAAUUAAGAGUUAAUCAGGUUGCGUUGAUGAUACAAAAUCUUUUCUUUUUCCAGGUAAGUCGGGCUUUUCCCCAGGAAUGAUUCAUCAACUUGGUUUCUUUUGGGAAGUUACUAUGUAUAUCCAUUGGAAGAUUUGGUACGUAAGAGUAGUGGAACCACCUUUGCCCAAUUUUUGCUGGAAAAAUAUACUUUGUAGAUAGGUAAAAUUGUAUGCAUAUGGUGAAUGCCCUUGAAACCAAGAACAUUACCUUUGAUAGGAGGUUGUGGAGGAACCGGAUUAGGCUAAGAUGGUAGUAGAUAGUAGUGUGUUGUCUUUCUAUCUAUCCAUACUAGUAUCGUGUAGUUGUAGUACUGCUCCGGUAGGUUCUUGACCUUCGCUUUCUGGUACUAUCUAUUUCUUGUACUUCGAUUAUCCUAUUAUUUGGCUGUCUGUUACUAUUCAGAAUGCUUUGUUAUACUUUUACUUUCGUUUAUUCCUUUUUUCGACUGCUUUGGAUUAUUUGUCCUUGAGCCGAGGGUCUGCUUACACUCUACUUAUGGGACUACACUGAAUAUUUGUUGUUUUUGGGGGAUGCCCUCGACUUUUUUGUAGGUGUAUUCACUCCUUUGGUGAAAUCCUGAUUCCCUCUCUGGUUAGGUAAUGCUAAAUGAUUUAAUUUGCUCAUUUAACGUUCAUAGCAUUGUGUUGAUUAUCACAAGAUCAAUUAUCUUGAGUAAUUCUCAGAACACUUGAUUGUACAGAGAAGAAGAGAAGCAGUAAGUAGAGUUAAGAGAAGAGAGAGGAGAAGAGAGAAGGGAAUGUAGAGUAAGAUUGAAUGAUUAUUAUUACUUGGUUCUUCUUUGUAAUGUACAAGUGAUAUAUAUAUAUAUAGUAGUGAAUGUAG